AGCGACCAGGUGUACCUGCUGCUCGAGUGCAUGGAGGCGGACCUGCACCAGCUGGUGCGGGAGCGGCUGAUGCAGGACGUGCACCGGCGGUAUAUCACCUACCAGCUGCUACAGGGGCUGGCCUACUUGCACUCCGCAGGGCUGGUCCACCGGGACAUCAAACCCUCGAACAUCCUGCUCGAUGCCAGCUGCAAGGUCAAGAUCUGCGACUUCGGGAUGGCUCGGCCGGUGGGCGAGGGCAUGACCGGCAACGUGGCCACCCGGUGGUACAAGGCGCCCGAAGUGCUGCUCUCCUCGGAGGCCUAUGCCCAGCCCGUGGACGUGUGGGCCCUGGGGUGCGUCCUGGCCGAGCUCUACCUCGGCCGCCCUCUCUUCAAGGGCAAUUCCACUAUCGACCAGCUCUAAAAGAUAUUUAGCUUGACGGGAGUGCCUAGCUGUCUCGACCUCCAGAGACCCCAGUCCCUACGUGAGCUGCUGCCCGAGGCCCCUCCCGACGCCCUCGAGUUCAUUUCCGCUGCGCUCGAACUGAACCCACGCAAACGGGCCACGGCUCUUAACCUGCUCAACUUCAACUUUGUCAAGCCAUUCUUCAAGCCGUUUGAGCUCAGGCUCGAGACCGAACAGCUCUUCGAAUUGGCAAGGAACCCCGGCAGCGCGGACUUGGAGAAGGCGGCUGCCACACUGCAACUGAGGAACCAGGAGAAAGAACAUAAAAGGAGCUCAAAGAAGACGGAGUGGAGGGCAGGCCUGCGGCGGGAACAGCUGCUGAUGGAGCGGAGCAUCAGCAGGUUCGUCCGGACGAGCUACGGGCUGCGGGUGCGGACGCAGGGGCGGACGGCCACCCUGCAGCGGUGA